AUGUUUAAAUUUGUAGAAUACAAAAACUUUGAAUAAUUUCAUCAGUUCUUAAAUUCAUAUCCUUAAAUCACAUAUUAAGAAAUUGUUAAGCAUCCACUAUAAGAAUACUAAUAUGAAAAUGAAUUUGUAAAUCCUAUAAUUGUGAAGCAAUCUGUUAAGUUACCCUUUCUAGAAUAAAUAAACAUAAUGCAUUGUUCAGAUAGAUUUGUUUAUCUUGGUAGUCAAAAAAGAGUGCAAGUUUUUGAUGUUCGAAGUGAAAUAAAAUUAAUUUAGAAGCAGCUAGAAAUAUAAAAUUCACUUGUAAUAUAAGAAACUGAAGAUUGUUUAUUUAUAGGAUAACUAGAUCAUAUUUUAUUAAUUGAAAUCUCUAAGGAUUUUUCAAUUAUUGGUUCCUAUAAGUUAGGAUAAGUUUAAGUUCCUUUUUCAUUUUUAAGAGUAAUAAAUGAAUCAUAAAAACAAUUAGAUUGGUAUGAAAUUGUGAUAGCUGAUCUUAAAGGUAAUUCUUAAAAAAUCAAAUGUAACAUUUUUAAGCUCUUUAAUAAAAGGAAUGUGUAAUUUUCAUCAUAAGAAUUAACUUAAUAUGGAACAAUUGUCGAUUUGAAAGAAAAACAUUUAAUUGAUUCUGGAUCUUGCAUUCUUUAUGAAUUAUUAGUUAUGAAAGGCCAUAAUGAAAAUUAUACAUUUUUAUUAUAUCAAAUGCAAAAUCGAAUAUCAAUAAUUAGAGUAAGUAAAACAAAUAAAGAAACUCCUAUUGAAUUGUAUAAUUUAUAGAAUGAUCGAAUAGAUGCUGGUUGGGCAUGUUUAUCAACUUGUUUGGAUAGAAGUGAUUAAAUUAGAAAUUCAUUUUGUUGUAGUUAUGGUAACGUUAUUCAUUUGUUUAUGUAUGAAAUUUUUGGAGGAUAAAUUACAGUUGAUGAAAUUGGUGUAAAACAAUUAGAAAAAGAUUAAAUAAUAAAUGGAUUAGAAUGUUGUGAUUCUGAUAUAAUUGUUGUUUUACUUGAUGAUGGUUUUGCUUUGGUCCAUUCAACUGAAUUUAAGAAAUGUGAAAAUAAAUUAAAUUAUGUCAAUAGAUCAUUGAAACUUAAAAAAUUCAAUGGUCAUUUUAUGUUAGGUUUAACUGAAGAAACAUUUGAAUUUUUGUCAUUAUAAGAUUGUAGAACCUUAUUAUAGAAUUAAGCUGAUCAAUAAGAAUUUAGAAAAGCUAUGCAUAAUGCAAUCAGAAUUCUGAAUGGAGAUUUAUUACUUAUUAAAGUUGCACCUUCUGAUUAAUUAUCGAUAUUAUUAUAGAAAUUAGCAUUUACAGAAUGCUUAUUUUUGGGUAAAUAAAAUAACUUAACAGUUGAAUCUUUAUCUGAGAUUGUUAAAUUUUUAAUCAAAUCUAAAUUAGAGCAUUAUUUAUUUACUAUUAUAAGUGAUGUCACUACAGAUUUGGGAUUUAAAGAUGUAUUUAUUUAAACAAUAGAAAGUUUAUUAAGAUAACAUUAAAUCCCUUAUAUUCCUGAUUAGUAAUUAUAUGAGUUUUGUAAAAUGUAUUAAACUUAAAAAAAUCAUGAGAUGAUACAUCAUUUAGUUUGUUCAACUGAUUUCAAUAGAAUAUCAAGUGCUAUUUUGAUUUAAUGUUGUGAAUAAAUGAAGAUGUACAAUGAAAUGAUAUAUGUUUGUUAAAUUUCUUAAGAUUUUGUGACUCCACUUGUUAAAUUGUUUGGAGGAGAUUAAUUAUAAGAAGAAUGUCAGAAAUAUAUAUUGAGCAUUUUAGAAGGUAAGUCUUUUGAAGGAAAGAGUUUAACAGAUGAAGAAUUUACUAAUGCCUUAAGAAGUGUGAUAUAAUUUUUAUUUGUGAAAGAAAAUCUAUUAAAAUUCAUUAAUAAAGAUCCAAAAAGUGCAUUUGAUAUUAUAUAUUAAUUUUAUAUUGGAAGAGCUUAAGCAUGUAUAGAGGAGAGUAGAGCAGAGAUUGUUAUAAAAUUAUAAGUUGAUGAGAGUGAAGGUGCUCUUUUUGAUUUUGACUAAAUUAGUGUAUAAACUUCAGUUCAUAGAAAAAUGUAUUUAUCAGUUAGAAAAUUAGAGUUUAAUAAAUCAGAUAUUUGGAUAUCUUAUUUAACAGCUAAAUUAUUAAUAUAAAAAUUUCCAUUUUCAUCUUAGGUAGCCUUUGAUACAAUAUACACUCUAUGUAGAAAUUACGAAUUCCUAUUAUCAUUAAAUAAUGAUGUAUUAUUAGUUAAUCAGUUUAUAAUUCGUGUAAUGAUGUCUAAAAAACUUACAGAAAAAUAAAUAUCUGAUUUAGAAUUUUCAGCUUCAAUUGUUAAAAAACUUUCUUUAGCUUUGGUUUUUAUUUAUUCACAAUAACAACAAUAUUAAAAAGCUUUUGAAACUUUUAAGAUUGUCAAUCCUUAAAUAAGAGAAUUAAUAUUUCCUUGGAUUUAAUAAUUAGUAGAAUUAAGGCCAAUGAUUUUAAAUUAACAAAAUGAUGAUUUUAUUUUAGAAAUUUUGAAGUAUUUAAUUACAAUCGAUGAAUAAUAAACUUAUAAAUUGAUUGAAAAAUAUUUUCAUUAAAAACACUUUCAAAUUUUAAGUUGUUUUUAAAAAGAUUUUGAAGACCAAAAAUAUUUUGCUAAUUUUAUUUCUUACUUAUUUUAAUCAUAAAAAGUGUUUUUAAUAAAUGAUCAAACAAAAAUUCUUUACCUUAAAAGACUAUGUGAGACUUAACCUAAAUAAGUAUUACAGGCAAUAAAAAGCAUGAAUUUUCCAUUAGAUGAAGCAUUAAAAUUAACAAAAGAAUUUAAAAUAAAUUAAGCAGCUGCAUAUAUUCAUUAAAUUAGUGGUUCUAUAAAAUAGGCUUUAGAUAUUUAUAUAAAUUCAUUUUUAAAAAAAAUAAAGAAAUCAAUAGUCUUGCUAAUGAAAAAAUAAUCUUUAGAUAAUACUUGUAUGGAUAAGUUAAAAUGGAAAUUAGAAACAAUUAUUUAAUUAAUUUUAGAAGAUUUAAAGUAAAAUUAAUCUAAUUAUGAUGAUGAUUAAAACCUAUGGAUUUAUUUUGUCGAUCUAUAUAUAAAUCAAAAUAAAAUAAGAACAUUUAUUCUACCAAAUAUUCCUUAAACAGUAAAAGAUUUAUUGAGCUUUUAUUUAAGUGAAUAUUUGGCAAGAAUUAGUGAUAGAGUUCCAGUUUCAUAAAUAUUUGAUCUAUUAAAUCUCAAAUAUCCUGAAUUACCUGUUUCUGUUUUUAGAUAAACUAUUUUUAGAGUUGUUAGUAAAUUUCAUGAUGAUUUAAGAACAUUAAGAGAAACUUAAUUAAUACAGAGUAAUGAGAAAUAUCAAAUUAUUCAGUAAUUAAAAGAAAUUAAUGUAAAUAUUUAAAUAAUUUUCAAGUAAAGUGCAUGGAUAUGCAAUCAUAUUUGUUAAAGAUGUUCAAAUCAUAUAUAUGAUUCUGAACAUGCUAUUGCAUUUACAUGUUCUCAUGUUUUUCAUGAUUAUUGUGUCUUAAAAGGUGUUUUCAAAAUUCCUUUCUGUGAUGCUUGUUAAACAGAGACUUCAUAUAAGAGUAAAUUAUGAAAAUAUUUUAUAGUUUUAAAGGAGAGAGUUUUAAAAUAAUAUGCUGUUACUUAAUAAAUUUCUGAAUCAAGAUUUCUUUAGCAAAUGGCUGUGAAUAAAAUAACAGUGAUAUCGAAUCAAUAAUAAUAGAAUUAAAUAAAAAAGGAUAAAAAACAAUUAAUUAAAAGAUUUGAUUUUUAAUUAUAAUAAAAGUAUGAUUAUUCUUGGGCUUGA